AUGACUUUAGAAUCUGAAACAGUUUUAUCAAACUCUUCAAGUCUUUGUUCAUACUAGAUUUAUUUAGAAGUUGCUGUUUUUGUUUUACUUUUAGCACUAUUUAAGAAAUGGAUUAAUGGUGGAACAGUAACAAAAAGAAGAGAUUUAACUAAUGAAGUAAUUAUUGUCACUGGAGGUAAUUCAGGAAUCGGAUUUGAAACUUGUAAAGAUUUGGUUAAAAAUGGAGCAAGAGUAAUCUUAGCUACAAGAAAUGAAUAAAGAGGUUAGAGAGCUGUUGAUGAACUGAAUAAGAUAAGACCUAACUCUACUGAGUUUAUGAAGUUGGAUUUAGGUGAUUUAACUUCUGUUAGGUUAUUUGCAAACGAAUUCAAGAGCAAGUACAACAAAUUAAAUUGCCUAAUCAAUAAUGCUGGAAUAGCUGCUAUUAGUAAAAGAAUUUUAACUAAAGAUGGUUUUGAAAGUUAAAUUGGAACUAAUCAUUUCGGACAUUUCUUACUUACUCACUUACUAUUUGAUGUUUUAAAAUCAACUCCACAAUUUAGAGUAAUCAACGUCUCUUCAAGAUCUCAUAUCCGUUUUUGUAUAAAUCUUGAUGACAUUAAUUUCGAAAGAACUCCUUAUUAUAGGUUUGUAGCUUAUUCAGCCAGCAAAAUUGCCAAUAUUCUCUUUACUUAAUAGCUUUAAAAGAACAUCCAAGAUAAAAAUUUAAAUGGAAAAACUGUAAGUCUUCACCCUGGUGCAGUGAAAACAGAAAUAGGCUCACAUUUUAGCUACUAUAAGCUCGUUUAUCCAUUUAUUCUUCCAUUUGCUUUGUUAUUCCUAAAAAGUCCUAAAGCUGGUGCUUAAACUACUUUGCAAUGUGUUUAUGAAGACUUUAAUAAGUUAGAAGGAGGUAAAUAUUAUGUAGACUGUAAAGUUACACCCACAGCCAACAAAGAAAAUAUAACUCCAUAAAAUGCACAAAAGUUAUGGGAUUUAUCUGUAAAAUUACUUAAAUUAUGA